AUGACACCCACCCAUAACAUAGACCCUCUCAAAAAUUACUCUAGUGCCAUAAGAGCUGCCAAGAGACUUUAUGAAAAAUUACCAGUAAUCGUCCCUGCAUCAAAAACCUACAAAAACUGCUGA